AAAGCGUGACUAUGAAGGCUUUCUGUGUUCUCUGCUGUUGCCUGCGGAAUCUCGAACCUCUGCUUUUGCCUUGAGAGCUUUCAAUGUGGAACUGGCUCAGAUUAAAGACUCCAUAACUCAGAAGACUACGGGUUUGAUGCGGAUGCAGUUCUGGAGGGAGGCUGUGGAAAAUAUAUAUGGCGAUAACCCACCACAUCAACCAGUUGCUACAGAACUGUGGAGGGCUGUCAAGAGGCAUAACUUGACUAAAAUGUGGUUCAUGAAGAUCAUUGAUGAAAGAGAGAAGAAUUUGGAUGAUAGAGCGUACCGUAACAUCCAGGAGCUUGAAACGUAUGCUGAGAACACUCAGAGUGCUCUCUUGUACCUCACCUUGGAAAUGCUGGGUGUGAGGGACAUCCAUGCCGAUCAUGCAGCCAGUCACAUUGGGAAAGCGCAAGGCAUAGUUACCUGUUUAAGAGCAACUCCAUAUCACAGUGCAAGACAAAAGGUCUUUCUUCCCAUGGACAUUUGUAUGUUGCACGGAGUUUCACAAGAGGAUUUCAUAAGAGGCAAGCAAGAGAAAAAUGUGAGAGAUGUAAUUUAUGACAUUGCCAGCCAGGCCCAUAUUCAUCUAGAACAUGCUAGAUCUUUCAGUAAGAAAGUUCCUGUGAAGGCAUAUCCUGCUUUUUUCUGUACGGUUGCUUUAGAUGAUUAUUUAUGUAAUAUGCGAAAAGUGGACUUCAAUAUAUUUCAUCCAAGCUUGCAUAAGAAGAGUACAUUAUUACCAUUGCGUUUAUAUAUUAGAUCUUGGAAAAAAACAUAUUAAAUCUUUUUGUAAUAUG